GUUCACCACCACAUCGAAUAUUAUGUCGUACCUUCCAACUGCUCUUCUUUCCGACCUUUCAAGACUCUCCACACAGGGUCCUAAGCCAACUCCUGCUAGAAAAACCUCAACUAGGGCCAAGGCCUUCACGUCUUCGAAAGCCGACCCUCUGCCCGAGGCCAUCGCUUCCAAUACUGGUCUCGAUGCUCCUUCAACCCAAUCGACUCCGACAGCACAUGUACAAAAAGGCGCAUACACAGCUAGUCCAGCAUCCCGUAGCACAAUACAACGAACACCAGCUUCGCGAGUGGCACAAAUCUCUCGACAGGCGCCUGGAAUUAACGACGAUUUGUCGUUCAUAUAUGAUGCUGGACACGAGCGUAACUUUCACGCGGAGCAAUCAGAGGAUGUCAGUCGAGACACAGGUGGACAAAGAGGGCGCACUCAAAGUUUUCCAGGCGACAGAGCUGGAUCGGUGACUGCCGACAGUAUGAAUAUAGUUGCGCCUGGCGUUGGCGCCAAUGGGUCUUCCAACGUACCCGCUUCUUCCGAGCACCAACUCAACCUGGCUGCGAUGCGACCCACCACUCGCAAAGAAGUUGCUCUCCUCAAGCAUACAAUGGAAGCACUAAUAAAAGAAAUUGGUGCAGAAAUGGAUCAGGAAUACCCAACAGAAAUGCAUGCAUUUUUAGCCAUCAUUCAAGAAGAGCAAAAGAUUUAUGAUGCGGUAUUCCAAGAGCUGAUACGACAGGUGACGGUCAACAUGAUCGAGCGCGGGGAAGUUUUAGCCGAAAUUCGAAACAGAUACGCCAACAUGUUCACCAAGAUCCCAAAACACGUCAAGCACUUACAUACGGAAUUGCUGGCUCAGAGGAAAUUGAAUAGACGACUAUCACACGAGUUAUUACGGUCCAAGGAAACCGUGGCGGAUUUGGUAAGGGAACUUGAGAUCAUCCGAAAGCAUGAUUUGGAUGUUACGAAACAAGCCCAAGAUGCGCAGGAAAAGCUAGUAUCUGUAUUGACACAGUCGGACAAUACGGGAGAGAUAUUGGAAGAGUAUCACAAGCUUUACAGAAUGCAACGUGAUCGGUUGGAGGACGCCGUUCGGUUGGCAGAGCAAGAGAAACGCAUCUGGGUUGACGCAGCGACGGCCUUGGCUCUCCGAAUCGGUCAAGAGCACGGCAUUGCCGAUAUAGUUCUUCUUCAGAAGUACGAACAUGCCCGACUUCGAGCUACAAACCACAUGACAGUCAUCAUCAGUAACACUAACGAUUCGCAACUCCACAACAUCGAACGAAAGAUUGAGGAAUGGAGGUCAAAACUUAUCCGAUUGUCCCAGUCUGUUGUCGAAGAAGAUCAGCAUAAUAUUGAGACUUUGGCUAAAAUGCAACGAGAUAUGGAUAUGGUUCUCCGCAAUCUCGACACUGGAGAUCAAGUUGAUACCCUUGAAGUAGAGCACCCUUUGCUCAAAGCUUUCCAAAUACACGAUGUCAAGAGUUUGUCCGAACACUUGAUGAAAUGGGUGGAACAGAUCACAUCAGUAGCCAUUAGGUUCACGAGCGAUAGAGACUUGGCAUUUCAAGAGGACAUAUCGCAAAUCCGGAAAGAAACGGAGGUCUGGAUAGAAGGAGGAUACAAGUUGCUGAGACGAAAUGAGAAGAAUACGAAUGGGAAGGACUAUCUUCCUCUGACAGAAAUACUGAGCAGAGUCGGGUUGGAAGUCCAAGAAUGGCUAACCAAACUGGAAAUGCGUGUGUCAGGAGAGGAUGGAAUUGCCAGUAAUGUCAUUAACUUGCAAAAUCAAUUGGAGGAUAGAUACACGACCUACAGUGCGCGGGACCUUGACAAGCCAUUACCAUUUUCCGAGCGACAGUCGCUUCGGGACUCACUUACCAACUGGAGCGCCCAAAUUGGCAAGAAUCUCAUUGAUACAUUGUCCAACACUACGGAAAAGGAACAACAUAAGAUUCCUCUACAUGUAGAGAAUUGGCUCUCUCGCUUACUCGAUCAAUUGAAUACCGACACCGAUAUAAGAAACGAAGAGAAUAUAAAGUUACAUACGACCAUGAUUAGUUGGAUGGUUCACCUGCUGGUAAGAGCAGGCCGGGAGAAACCAACAGAUGCCUGGGACCAUGAAUUCGCUCAAUUGACUCAAGAGCUGGCGUCCUUCAACGCUAACCUUAUGCGAGAUGCUGCAGAGAUUCAAACUCUGUCAGAAGAUGGACGCGAUUUGCGAGAGAUUGUUCAAACCCACUGUGAACAUUGGGUGACUGUCGCGAAACGGCUCUUGGCAAAUGAGAAGAAGAACGCUACAACCCUACACAACGCGCCAAAGCGACCCUUGAGCCUACGAAUUGAUGAACUAGAUGAUAACCUAGAGCUGCCUCCUACACAAACCAUCCGCUGAAUAUUCCCAAUUUACCAUCUAGAUAUGAGAAGUUCAAAAGGCCGGUUUCCCUUCCUAUAAUAGCAUGCCCGGUCAUGCGCAAUUGUUCCUGCCACCUUCACCAAGGAUAAUAUCUGUCAUCUAAUGCUCCUCCGUCUGCUUCAAAAAGACGACCUCUGGCGCUGUGAGCUUGCGUCGCUUGCGAUUUGCUUUUUGAGCCUUGUAAAGAUCUGUAAUAUACAAUUAAUCGGAUAUAAUUAGAUCUUAUCUGAAAUUGAUCCGGA